AGUGCUGUACUUGCUGCUAUGCGUUGUUCAUAACCAAAGAGCUAGUCCGCGUCACGCGAUACGGCUGUGAAUAGGUCGUUCCAUUUGUGUCAGUCGACGAUCAUGUGUCAUUCUGUAAAGUUUGAAAUUUAUUGAAAAUGCCUACGAGAAAGUUGUUUGACGUCCCGAAUCGCGGAUUACCCGAUUCCGAAAAACAUGACGUGGUUAAACCGUGGAUCAAAGCAAGCAGCAAUUAUCUGUUCGGUCUAUGGGGCUUAAUUGUGCAUUUAAUCCUAUUAUGGGGUGUGCUGGAUGUUAAUUUCCACUCACCCAUUAUUAAAGAAUUACCAGUUGUAGCGGCACCGCAUGGACCGCCAGCUAAAAGAGUGUUUCUUUUCGUGGCAGAUGGUCUAAGGUUUCAAACAUUUAUAGAUAAGCCACCACCUUAUCUCAGAAACAUAAUGAGGAAUGAAGGUGUUUGGGGAAUAUCUCAUACAAGAGUACCUACAGAAUCCAGACCAGGCCAUGUUGCAAUCGCCGCAGGACUAUACGAAGAUCCUAGUGCAAUAUUUAAAGGAUGGCAGGAAAAUCCAGUAGACUUUGAUUCUGUCUUUAAUCAAAGUUAUUCUACUUGGGCUUGGGGCAGUCCAGAUAUAAUUCCAAUAUUCACAAGAGGUAGUAAACAGAAUGUUCAUGGAAAGACUUAUCCAUCUGCGUGGCAAGACUUUGAUGCAAACCUGAGUAAUCAGACAAUACGGCUGGACUCCUGGGUGUUUGACGCUUACUUGGAAUGGUUAUAUUCGACUGUAGCCGAUCUCGCGAGAGAUCAGAACGGAAUUAUUUUCUUUUUUCAUCUACUCGGAUGUGACACCCUGGGACACGCUAAAAAGCCAUAUUCCAGGGAAUACACGGAAAACAUGAACUAUGUCGAUCGAAGGAUCGGAGAGAUCGUUAAUGUGACAGAAAGGUUUUUUGAAAAAGGCACUACCGCUUAUGUGUUUACGGCAGAUCAUGGAAUGACCGAUUGGGGAUCGCACGGAAGUGGCUUGCCGUCAGAGACCGAAACGCCAUUGAUUAUUUGGGGAGCUGGAAUACAGUCGUCUGGAUAUCGCCAAGAUGUCGAACAAGCGAGUAUAGCUCCUCUGAUAGCGUCUUUAGCAGGGAUUCCUAUCCCUACAAAUAACGAAGGUUUGUUACCAUGGCGAUAUUUCGAUGGCGAUCACCAAGAAUACAUCGGACGCGCUUUACUCGGCAACGUGAAGCAACUUGCGCAUCAAGUGGGCGGAAAUCGCGCGAUAAAUUGCGGAAACGGUGGUCGUACCGAUUGGCGGGAAGAGCAAUUAAAUGGCAAAAUUCGUAAGAUCGAGCGUCACCUCGAUCGAGGAGAAGUGGCAGAGGGAAUCCGCGAAGGUGACGCAGCAAUCAUCUUCGCCAAGGAGGCCUUAUUGUAUUUCCGGCAGUAUCAGCGAACACGAUUAUUGACUUAUCUGUCGAUAAUGUGGUUCGGUUGGAUAACUGUGUUAUUCCUGAAGAUAGCGGGCGUUAGGCGUCAAUAUCGCCGAAUUUCUCUGCUGUUAUUGACAAACAUCGGAUUCGCGAGUCUACUGAUAAUAACGUUAAUAUGUCACAUAGUGUCCAACUGCGGUAGCUGGAGGCUGCCGUGUUACGCGUCCUUCGCUAUAAUAUCCGUUUGGAUCGCCGUCACCACUGUGAUCACGUCAACACCCGUAUUCGUAGUAAGGAACAAGAGAAAACUUCUCGUAGAGAUCGGAGGCAUGCUAUUUCUGCUGGCGAUACUGUAUAUCGGGCUGACAUAUAGAUUCGCCCUCAGCAUAGGUAUGCUGUCUACCAUAUUGAUACGGAGGGUGCAGUCGCAACAUGCACAGUCCCCUGUGUUUCUUUCGACAUCCUUGGCACUGUGCGUGUUUCCCUUGUUGCCAGUCGUGGAACCGUAUCCACGCGUUUACAUCGUAAUGAUCAGCAUAUGCCUGACCAUUUCGAUAGUGGUUCUUCAUGAGACCUCGCGGAGUCGGAGAAUCAUGGAGAUCCUGCGCUUAGUCGUUACGGGUUUCGUGUACACGAAAUUCAUCGACGGUCGACACUUGGUGUCGUGGGUUAUUCUACUGACAACACCGUUGUGCAUCUGGCAGUAUCCGACUGAGGUCAAGGCAAGAAUGCUGGGCAUUACACUCGGACUCUUCUGCCCGCUCGCGCUAUUGUCCGCGUCCUACGAGCCACUUUUCUUGCUGACGCUGACAGGCAAUUUAUAUUGUUGGCUGACGCUAACUUCUCCGACUGCUCUGAAACACUCGAAAGGAAGUACGACGAUCACCGAAGACUUGAUCGAAGCGGCGUUUUUCAUGUUAUACACACUGUUGUGUUUCUUCGGCACGGGUAAUAUGGCGAGUAUCAGCUCGUUCGACCCGUCUUGGACGCGCCACUUUGUUACCGUCUUCUCCCCGUUUCUAAUGACAUCCUUGAUACUCUUUAAACUAAGCAUUCCUUUAAUAUUAGUCGGCUGCGCGAAUCAUGCUUUAGGAACAAAGUCUAUUUCCUUGGCCGUCCUCUUCCUGGGAGAUUGCCUGUCGUUGCCUUUAAUGUACUCCGUCACGCCGUACGGCAGUUGGCUCGAUAUCGGUAGCGCUAUCAGUAAAUUUAUAAUUGCUAUUUCCCUUCCAUGUCUUUUAUUAUUACUGCAGUGUCUUUCGUAUCCGCUUAUGAAGGUAAAUUUGAAACAGUUCCAAGUAAGUUUAGCCCCUCAGAAAACGCACAUCGUGUAAUUUUAAUUAUAAACGUGGUAAGUUAUUAAAUUAAAAGUAAUUAUUUAAUUUGUAAUUCAAAAAUGUACAUUUCAGACAACCGCUCGUUCACGUACGGUUACAUCUCAAAAUUAAAUUAUAUAACGGAUUUCUUAAUAAAUUUAGUACGAAGAAAUUCCAAAAUCGGUGGUGCGUUAGAUGAAUCAGGACAACAUGCUAUCCUACACAUCGACCGUCGCAAUAGCAAAAUUGCAUGAAUUGGGCUUCAAAUUGGUUCCUCACUCACCAUAUUCUCCGGACUUGGUCCCAUACAACUUCUUCCUGUUCUCGAAAUUAAAAAAUUGGCUCAAUGAGGAGAAAUUUUCAUCGAAUCAGGAUAUCACCGUCACCGUUAAUUACUAUUUUUUAGAACUUAACGAAACCUAUUUUUCAAACGGGAUGAAAAAAUUGAAAAAUCGUCGGACCAAAUAUGUAGUUUUCAAAAGAGAUUAUGUUGAAAAAUAGGAUUGAUUUUUUCCAAAAAACGUGUUUUACUUGCUUU